UGACAAGAAAUAAACAUCCUUACCACAACCAUAUUCCACGGUUCAUGUCUUAGUGCAUUCAGGCUGCCGUAGCAACAUACCAGAGACUGGGUAGCUUAAAAGCAACAGAAAUUUAUUUCUAUAGUUCUGGAGGCUGGAAAUCUGAGAUCAGAGCAUCAGCAUGGUCACACAAGGACCAUCUUCCAGGUCACAGACUUCUUGUGUCCUCAUGUGGUGGAAGGGAGCUCUGUGGAUCUCUUAUAAGAGCACUAAUCUCAUUCAUGACAGCUCUACCCUCAUGAUCUAAUUAUCUCCCAAAGGCCCCACCUACUAAUACCAUCACCUUUGGGCGUUAGGAUUUCAACAUAUGAAUUUUGGAAGAGACACAAACAUUCAAACCAUAGAUAGAAGUUCAUUAUCAUAAUCUUUUGCACUUCUCUUGCUUCAUCAUACUCUCUGGCAAAAUUCCACCCUAGAUUAUAUCCAGCUCUCCACCUAUACCAUGCGUGUACCUGAGAGCUCAGUAACACUGGAGAAAAUACACACCAUGCUGACUUGGUUUCUCUUUAAAUGCACAGCCACUACCCUCAUAGAGUCCUUAGUAAUGUCUGGCAGUGUCCUUAUUUCCCUAGUCCAUUUUCUUUUCUACUCUUCCAGACAACUAUUUCACACCUUCUCAUUUAUCAUCAAGCCUCUAACACUUACUUCCCACGUCCUACCUCUUGGCAGAUAACUGGUAUUCCUAUUUUACUGCAAAACAAAACAAAACAAAACCCAGAGCAAUCAGAAGAGAAUCUACAAACUCCCACCACCACAUCCACUGUGUCUCAGAAUUGGUGCCCAUAUGCUCUGCCUACCUCCCGUUAACAAAGAGCUAAGACGGACCUCCCCACUUGACGCUUGCUUUCCCCCUGGCCUUCUACACAGGGAUAUUACCCCAGAAAUUCUCCCCUUUCUUUCUUGUAUUAUAUAUUUUCUCUCUUCACUGGACCAUUCCAGUCACCAUAAAAACAUGCUGUAAUGUCCCAGUGCUAUUAAAAAGUAAACAUGGCUGUCGAUCCUGUGUAUUUAGCCAUUGCUCCAUUUUUUUUAUACCUCUUUUCAGCAAAACUCCCUGGGAGAGUUGUCUAUACUACACUAAUUAUGGUGGGAUGGCAGAUGGAAACUGAAACUGUGCUUGGCCACUGGGACCUUUGCUCACCAUAUCCUGGUUGCUCAGUUCAGUAGCAAUUCCUUAGUCUUCCUCUUCUUUGACUUGUUUGAUCACCAACCCCCUCCUUCUUUACUUGGUGUCCAGGACACAAGACACUCUCCUGAUACUCUUCACAUCUCACAGGUCUUCCUUCUAAGCUUUCCUUGCUGUUUUUGCUCAUUACCCCAACCUCUGUUAGAAUGACCCAGGAACCAAACCUUAGACCCUUUUCUUUUGGGGGAGGGGUGGGUACUCCUCUGCCACCAUAAACACUUCCUGCUCCUAUUCCAGGCAUCUAGACUGUUGUGCUAUGAAAUAAAAUUAAGUCCAUUGGCUUUGUAGAUAUUAGCAUGUCUAGCUGCCAGUAGGUUGCUGGGAAGUCAGGUUUUGAUAGGAAUUGGAAUAUGUUUACUCUUGUUGCUUAAAAUAAUACCCAUACACUGAAAAGCUCCAAAUUAAUCUCCCCUGAGCUCUGGACAUGUUGAAAUCUCCACUUGAAUGCUUUAUAAGCACAUAACAUUGACUUUACCAAAACUGAACUGAUCACCCUUAAUUAUGUCAUCCUUUAACCAUCCCCAUCUCAGCUGGUGACACCUCCAUCCUUGAGUUGCUUAGGCAGAACCAUAUUGGAGUCUUGCGAACCAUUUCACACCAUUUCCACUCCUACCUUCCUGGUCCAAGCCACCAUCCUCUCUCACCUGCAUUAUUGUAAAGGCUCCUAUCUGGUCUGCCUGCUUCUGUACUUGCUUAGCCUCUCUCCUCUGAUCCCCUCCCCCCGCCAGUUUGUGUUCAGCACAUGACAUCAUCGCAUGCCUCUGCUCAAAGCUCUCCAGUGCCUCCCCAUUUCAUAGUGGCCAAUAAGGCCCACUGUGGUCCGGUUCUCUGUAAUCCUUGGCUUCACUUGAGCAGAUGUUUCUACUGUAGUACUCUAUGUGUUCUGAAAAACUUUGUGCUCUGCAAAACCUACUCUAAAAAUAACAAGGCUUCUGGGAAAAUUUGGAUUGGAGCAGACCUCUCCUGUCUUAUAUGAUUUAAAACCUCAGCAGUAAUGAAAGCAAUAAAGGAUAACUUGGAAAAGCUGUUCAGGUGAGAGGGGACACAUUUCUGGGGAGAUACCUCUGGUGCAGGUACUCCUUUUUAAUUCUCUUAAAUGGAGCUGAAGACACUCCAGCCUGUGCAGUAGCCAAGCUGAGGGCUUUCCCCUUUCCUGCUAAGAUUAGAAUUCUGCUCCUAUUCUGGCUCUUUCUGCCUAAGGAAAAUCUUGUUGCCAUCUUAUACCAACGUUAUCCUACUAUUAACCAAUAGUCUAUGAGCUAAUUGCUGUUACAGAAACACAUGUUGUAACAGAACGGCCUGUUCUCACCUACUGUCAUCAUGUCUCUUUCUCAGAUGUGUCAAGCAAGCAUCUCCUUGAGGCUUUUGCACUUGCUCUCCCCACCUGGAGUUCUGUCCCUCCAGGAGUCCUCCCGGAUUUCUUCAUCUCUUGCAGAUCUCUGUUCAGAUUUUUGUCCUUCAUAGCGUCAGCUUCCCUGACAGCUCAUUUAAAAGUUCCACGCUCUCACCCCCUCCAGACAUUCUCCCCUGGAUGCCAUUGUUUAUUUUUCUCCAUAGUACUCAUCACCUGAUAGAUAUUACUCAUUUAUUGCCUGACCUGCAUCCAUGAGUAUAUAAGCUCUGUGAAGGCAAGAAUUAUGUCGUUUUUGUUUCCUUUGCUUCCCUUGUUUUUCUGUGCUGUAUCUUCAGUGCCUAGAGCAUGGCCCAGCAUGUGGAAGGCAUUUCAUAAAUCUUUGUUGAAUUAAUGAAAUUCAAAUUCCUUUAGAAUUCACCUGCAUUUCCUUCUUACCUAGAGAAUAGUCCAUCUGCCUUUCUACCUUUUCUGAUUUUGUUUUUGUUUGUAAGGAUAUUUCAUGAAUAUAUGUUUAUAUUUGUAUUUCUAUGUGUUCAUUUACAUGUGUGUAUAUAUAUGUGUGGGUAUAUAAGUACAUAUAUAUGUAUGUGCGGAUAUAUAUCCGCACAUACAUAUAUAUGUACUGAUGAACUAGCAAUAUUCAUUUCUGCAUGUUUUUCUACAGCAAAAAUUACUCUGUAUCUAAAUCCUUUAGGGCCCUAUACUUGAACGUGAGCUGCCCAUUGGCAACUAGCUAAGACUAUUAAUUAAUAAAGGUAACGGAACAAGUAAACUGCCCAUAACUGUUUUUGACUUGAAUUAAAAGCUUUGACACAUCCUCUUCCCCAGGUCUCUCUGCCACUUCUGAUUCACCUCUCGGCUUGUGGUGCUGUCACUGCUCCCCACCCCCCAGCUCACCAACCCUAAACAUUUUUUAACACCUUAAGGUUCUUACUUUGGUAUCCUGGAUUCAUGGCUCUGGGAGAAAACUUUUUUUUUCAAUGAUCAAGGAGAUAAGGUUGAAUUAGAGAGAUCCUUAGUGAGGUUCUCGAGGAAAACAGUGCCCUGCUGUAAGCCAUUUCUCGGCUCUGCCAUUGGCAGGUUGUGUUUCACUACCAACUAUUGUACAUUUCCGCAUCUCAGUAGGCUAAUGUAGCCAAAUUUGAUAAUCAGAUGAUUGCUAGAGACCCAAUGCUUUAAACAACAACAAAAGUACCUCUUUUGCGAGAUUUCAACUGCGUAGGGACAGUUAUUGGGAAGAAAAAGUCCUAUUUAGACUCUGCAUUCCUAUCUAGCGGAGCUGGAGUAACAAGAGUAUGCCUUCUUGCGUGGUAUCCACGUGACUUUGUGGAUUAUCCAGCUUGUAGUCUUCUCCCUCCCGUGUGGAGGCCAGCUGUCUUUAGCCACUUCACAGCUCAUUAGCAGCCCAAGUAGAAGCCUGGGAGAGGAAAUAGAUGAGGUGAAGCUUAAAUAUGUCACAUUGGUUAUUUCUUAGCAACUCUGAUAAAAGCCUUAGCAGGAUGAGGUUAAAACUGGAUUGAAGAGGUCUGGGGAUUGUCUGUGACUUUAACUUAUGUACGUUACCUUCCUCCUUUCCCUGCCUCCUUUUUUCUAGCGGUUAAGUGUGAGUUGGUUACCAACAUUAAUGAGGCCAGUAUGAAAAUUCUUUAUGAUCCUAUAGGUCUUUGAAAAAAUUAUGUUAUCACUUACAGGAAAAUCAAAAUGAAAUAAAACCUACUAUGCUCUGGAUAUUAUUUUUCCUAGUCAACAUUGGGAAGUUCUUCAGCUGGUCUUGACGACGAGUGGCUAAUUAUAGUAAAAGAUUUACUAAAGUCAGUGGAUCCAUCUUAACACCUAUGCUUUGGAUUCUGCAGGUGGGAAUUUGAUGCUUGCAAGUGGCUUCUGGGUACAGGUCCCCAGUCCAGAUUUGUUCUGCAAAUCCACCAUGAGCAAGGUCCCCUCCUUGGAGAGGAAGGUCCAGAGAUUCUGCAUUAAGAAGAUAAAUUCACUAUACUACGUGACAUGGCUGGCACCAGAACUCUGGGAAGCCUUGUGACAGGACCUAGCCUGUGCAAUCUCACAUGUGAUUUGCCGUUCUUCCUGGAAGGUCCACUCUGUGGCUUUUCUCUGGAAUCUAUGAAGAAAAUGUUCCUCAGCCUAGCCUAGAAACAGGUCCUACAGGUAUGGAUCUCUGGCAGCUGCUGUUGACCUUGGCAGUGGCAGGAUCAAGCAGUGCUUUUUCUGGGAGUGAAGCCACACCAGCUAUCCUUGGCAGAGCAUCCCAGAGUCUGCAAAGAGUUAAUCCAGGCCUAGGGACAAAUUCUUCUGGGAAGCCUAAGUUCACCAAGUGCCGUUCACCUGAACUAGAGACUUUUUCGUGCCACUGGACAGAUGGGGUUCGUCGUGGCUUCAAGAGCCCAGGAUCCACACAGCUGUUCUAUAUUAGAAGGAGCACUCAAGAGUGGACUCAAGAAUGGAAAGAAUGCCCCGAUUAUGUCUCUGCUGGAGAAAACAGCUGUUACUUUAAUUCAUCUUAUACCUCCAUUUGGAUACCCUACUGUAUCAAGCUAACCAGCAAUGGUGGUACAGUGGAUCAAAAGUGUUUCUCUGUUGAGGAAAUAGUGCAACCAGAUCCACCCAUUGGCCUCAACUGGACUCUACUGAACAUCAGUUUAACGGGGAUUCAUGCAGAUAUCCAGGUGAGGUGGGAACCACCGCCCAAUGCAGACGUUCAGAAGGGAUGGAUAGUCCUGGAGUAUGAACUGCAAUACAAAGAAGUAAAUGAGUCCCAGUGGAAAACGAUGGACCCUGUAUUGUCAACAUCAGUUCCAGUUUAUUCACUGAGACUAGAUAAAGAAUAUGAAGUGCGUGUGAGAUCCAGACAACGAAACUCUGAAAAAUAUGGCGAGUUCAGUGAGGUGCUCUAUGUAACACUUCCUCAAAUGAGCCCAUUUGCAUGUGAAGAAGAUUUCCAGUUUCCAUGGUUCUUAAUUACUAUCUUUGGAAUAUUUGGGCUAACGAUGAUACUAUUUUUAUUCGUAUUUUCUAAACAGCAAAGGAUUAAGAUGCUGAUUCUUCCCCCAGUUCCAGUUCCAAAGAUUAAAGGAAUUGAUCCAGAUCUCCUCAAGGAAGGAAAAUUAGAAGAGGUGAACACAAUCUUAGCCAUUCAUGACAACUAUAAACCUGAAUUCUACAACGAUGACUCUUGGGUUGAAUUCAUUGAGCUGGAUAUUGAUGACCCCGAUGAAAAGACUGAAGGCUCCGACACAGACAGACUUCUAAGCAAUGACCAUGAGAAAUCACUUAACAUCCUUGGAGCAAAGGAUGAUGACUCUGGACGUACCAGCUGUUAUGAACCUGACAUUUUGGAGACUGAUUUCAAUGCCAGUGACAUGUGUGAUGGUACCUCAGAGGUUGCUCAGCCACAGAGGUUAAAAGGGGAAGUAGAUCUCUUGUGCCUUGACCAGAAGAAUCAAAAUAACUCACCUUCUACUGAUGCUACCCCUACCACUCAGCAGCCCAGUGUUAUCCUAGCAAAGGAAAACAAACCAAGACCGCUUCUUAUUAGUGGAACUGAGUCAACUCAUCAAGCUGCCCAUACUCAGCUGAGCAAUCCGAGUUCACUGGCAAACAUCGACUUUUAUGCCCAGGUAAGCGACAUUACUCCAGCAGGGAGUGUGGUCCUUUCCCCAGGCCAAAAGAAUAAGGCAGGGAUAUCCCCGUGUGACAUGCAUCCAGAAGCGGUCUCACUCUGCCAAGCAAACUUCAUCAUGGACAACGCCUACUUCUGUGAGGCAGACGCCAAAAAGUGCAUCGCUGUGGCCCCUCACGUCGAGGCUGAAUCACGUGUGGAGCCAAGCUUUAACCAGGAAGACAUUUACAUCACCACAGAAAGCCUUACCACUACCGCUGGCCAGUCUGGGACAGCAGAACGGGCUCCGAGUUCUGAGAUGCCUGUCCCAGACUAUACCUCCAUUCACAUAGUACAGUCUCCGCAGGGCCUCGUGCUCAAUGCCACAGCCUUGCCCUUGCCUGACAAAGAGUUUCUCUCAUCGUGUGGCUACGUGAGCACAGACCAACUGAACAAAAUCAUGCCGUAGCCUUUCUUUGAUUUCCCACAAGCUACAUAUUGAAUGGUGAGGAGCUGGCUAGGGCAUGAGUGCUUACACCAAAACAAUGUUUAAACUUUUGGGGGGGAUGGGGGGAGCAGAUUCUAAAUGCCUUUUUCCUGAAGUGUUGAAAGAUAAUAUUAAAAAAGAAACAAGAACGCCUGAUCAGAUAGAUAUUCCUAUUGUGAACUGUAAAUAUUUUAAAGAAUCGUUUCAAAGACUGUUUAGUGGCAGUGAUUGUCUUGUUAAUGUGGGUGUUAAUUUUGUGAUACUAAGCAUUUAAUGGCUGUCUCUAAUGUAUAGUAAAUCAAGCUUUUUGAAAAAGCAAAAAAUCAGGUGGCUUUUGCAGUUCAGGAAAAUCGAAUGCAAAUCAGAGCACAGGCCAAUGUUUUUUAGAUAAUCCGGAACUAAAAUUAUAGGUAAGAAGGCAAGAAAUAGUUUGGAUAUGUAAAACAUUUAUUUUGACAUAAAAUUUAUAAAGGUAUUUUUAAGAAUUUACACUACAAGCAUGGCUAUUUUAUAUUACACUACACGCUGUGUACCGUAGUUCAUGCAGACCCAUCUGGAGAAUGUAGCAACCGCACUCUAAAGCCGGUUUAAUGCUUUGGUCAGUCCACCUAAAGAAAAACAAAUAAGCAAGUUAGUUUUUUACGCAGCCCUUUUUGUACCUCCCAAAACUCCUUAAGCAAUUCUGAAAUGAUUGUUGUUACCUGCAUUAUUGGCACAUGCUUGUCUUAAUUUAAAUUUUUAAAGAAAUAUUUGUUAAUUGAGACAACUUUUAAGAUGUAUGCACAGGUCUACUCAUCGUGAACCAAACCAAAACAAACAAACAAAAGACUCUUUCUUACCCAAAUUUCGGCUCAGGUCAGAGAGCUCCCUACUAAGAGAAGGAGAGGGUAUUAGCUGGUCCUUACUGACAGGCUGCUCAGGGGCUAUUGUUGCACACGGAGUGAGUGUUUAGGCAGGCAGAUCAUGAGCGAUGGCCCCAGAACCUUUGUAGUAGUAUCUCUUCUAACACAAUGUGAUUCUAUUGCACAGUGACCUAAAAAGGGAAUAAAGUACAAGAAGCAUUUUGUAAGUGGAAGCAAAUUGAAAAUGAAGUUAACCAGAUAAUGGAACCAAAAGAUCAAGAAAUAUACCCACUAUUCAUUGUAACAAGAAACAGAAGAAACAAGAUUUCCAAUCCCCUCAGAUAAGUCAAAAUGUUCUUAAACCAAUGGGGAAACUUUCUUCCUCACCGAACUCUUUCUAGGGUUUAUUUAAAGUAGCAAAGAAGUGUCCUCAUUUUUUAUUUCCCCUCUGAGUGGAUUGGCCUCCAAGAGGGCAGUCAGAAGAGAAAGAAGCGUCCUGAAGUAAUGUUGAAAUUAUCGUUCAACAUCAUUCUUGGGAGCGUUGGGAUUAUUCCCCAAAAGGUUUGUCCAAAGAGAAGAAUCUCAUCUCACUGAAAAAUGCUUCUCACUUUAAGUUUUGGUUGUUUUUUUUUUUUUUUUUUACAUUUAAUGAAACUUUAAAGUUAGCUUUAACUUAAAUAGUAUUUGCCAUUUAGCUCAGACCUUUUUAGGAAACCGGCUUAAUGGUUGGUGAUUUUAAAUUCCCUCUUUCUUGUGGGAAGGACAGUGAAAAGCUAGAACUGGGUGUUCCAAGUUCAACAUGUUACUUUGUAAUAGGUGUUUAAUAGAUCUUUUCUGCUACCUUGCUGCUAUAGUUUUCUCUAAGAGCUACAUAAUUUAGUUUCAUAUACAAUUUCAUCAGUGUAGAACCUAAUUCAACUUAAAACUGUGUGCUUGGGAAAACUAUCUUACUAUUUCACCAUAGGCUGACAACAAUUUCUAUAGCCAAAAAUAGCUAAAUACCUCAAUCAGUCUCAGAAUGUCAUUCUGGUACUUUGCUGGCCACACAAGCCAUUAUUCACUAGUAUGACUAGUUGUGUCCUGCAGUUUAUAUUUAACUCUCCUCAUGUCUGUGGAUUUUUUUCCUUCAAAGUUUAAUAAAUUUAUUUUCUUGGA